AUCCAUCCCGGUGAGCAAAUCAUGGCCAGCACAGCGGUUCAACUCCUUGGCUUCUUCUUGGGACUGUUGGGGUUUGUAGGAACUGUUGUUGCAACUCUGCUCCCCCACUGGCGCAGUACAGCCUAUGUGGGCUCCAACAUCAUCACAACCACCGCCUAUAUGAAAGGCCUGUGGAUGGAGUGUGUGUGGCAAAGCACUGGCAUUUACCAAUGUGAGCUGUACAGAUCUCUACUGGCACUGCCACGCGACCUGCAGGCUGCCCGGGCGCUCAUGGUGCUCUCCUGCAUCACAUCAGUCCUGGCAUCUCUGGUGUCGGUGACGGGGAUGAAGUGUACCCGCUUCGUCCGUGACUCCUCGAUCAAGUCUUCGCUGGUGCUAAGUGGGGGGAUAUGUUUUCUCUGCGCUGGCCUGCUCUGCCUGGUCACCGUGUCCUGGACCACCAACGAUGUCAUCAUAGAUUUCUACGACCCCUUCCUUCCCAGCGGGAUGAAGUGUGAGAUUGGCCUGGCCGUGUACCUCGGUUACGCCUCGGCCUGCGUCAGUCUGACCGGAGGAAUGGUGCUAUGCGGGAGCAGCAGCAGCGACAGGUCACGGAGGCCCCUCCAUGUGCAGAGGGGUCGACCGUUAUCACCUCCCUCUGCCUUCAACCACAUAUACCCUCCCGCUCCCCCCUACAAGCCCCCCGAGGCCCUGAAGGACAAUCGCGCUCCCUCACUUUGCUCCCUUUCCAGCAGCGGCUAUAGGCUCAACAACUACGUCUAAGACCACCAACUGCAAAACUAUGGAGAC